GGGAUGAUGGGCUCCUUUCCUCUUUCUCUUGGUUGCCUUUUUGUCUUCUGCGCUCAACUGGGGAUUUCAUCCCAAGCGCAAUUCACUGAGUUCCCCGGAAGUGUAACAGCUAGAGAAGGCGACAAUGUGGAAAUGGCUUGUGCGUUCAGAGGCAGCGGCUCACCGUCCUAUUAUCUGGAGAUCCAGUGGUGGUUCAUUCGAGUUCCCUUGGAGCCGGAAUACAGCCCAGAAAACAGCCACAUCCAGUUGGACACUUUGCCACAAAGCGAAAUGAUCAACGACGAGACGAAAAUAAGUACAGUGAAAGUGAUGGGCAGUGACAUCUCCCACAAACUUCAGAUCUCCAAAGUGCGGAAGGAUGACGAAGGGCUGUACGAGUGCCGGGUGACCGACGCCAACAAUGGAGAGCUACACGAGUACAAGGCUCGGGGCCGACUCUACGUGAACACGAGCUAUGCCCGGGCCCUGCAGGCUCUCGAACCUCCGCCGUUGUCCCUGCACGACGGCAAAGGUUUGCGUAGCCCCCCGGCUGCGGCAGGCCUUCCCAGCGAGCGUCCGGGCCGCCGUUCCCAGAGCAGCAGAGACACGAAUGAAGGGCAGGCGGGCGCAACGUCAAGGCCGGCAGCCACAAACCUCAGGCAGAGCGCCACAUCCACAUCAGGGACGACGAUCGUAGCUGCAAGCGAUGGACUAGGUGUCCUGCUUCUAUUUUGUGGCUUUGUGAAGGAUGCUUUGCUAUAGUCUUAGUGCUGACUUUUCCACUAUCACUUUCUCUUAAAGCAAAGAGCGAAUGGAUGGUAAAAAUCCACGGACUGGACUGCACAAUCGACUUUAAACCCUUCUGCACCUAAUGCACUGUCAUUCUCUAGAAACGAGAGCCCCCUAGAGAAGAGCAAAGCAGAGAAAUAAAGCACCACACGACGGCAUUGCUCAGGAGAUUUA